AUGUCAUCCGAACCAGCUACUCCAACCGAUAGUGAACUCCUUGAUCAAGAAAUUACAGCGCUUAAAGAACAAGCCGCUGCUUUGCGCAAGUCGCUCAAAAUCGAAACAUCAACAAUUCUUGCUGCGCCCUCGACACAAGCUUUCCUUAAACCAUCCAAGAAUUCUCUAUCAUCUCGGAAUAUUCCAUCCCGUACGAAGCUACUGAGCGAAGCCGACAAACAGAAAGCGUAUAGCCAGCAAUGUCUUUAUCGCAUAGGCAGCUCUGUCACUGCUUUCAAGGUCCAAGACCCUGAUCCCAAUGCAGUUGACGGAGGGCAUGUCCUUGGCUUGCGCUUCGAAGUCAUGUCCAAGAGCCAGUUCCUGCUCCCUUACUACGUCAUGCUCAACAGACCAUACUUCAAUUCCAAAUACCUGCGCAUCCACCGAAACACUCUGCCCUCUGCGAUACCCAUAGCCGGCUUGGCAGCCCGUUAUCUUCCGGCACCACGGCCGGAGAGCGACAAGUCUCCCCAGCAAAACCUCGAUCGUUUCGUCAGAGCGCUCCGAAGAGAAAUCGUGCGGUAUCACAACCGACUCGGUGUCUCUGCGGACCUGCGACGGAGCCUCGGAUUGCACGACAGGGUGGACGAUACGGUUCUGCCUGAUGACAUUGUCGAGGUUGGAAUAGCCGAUAUUGAGGCCAAACAGAUUCGAUUCUCUUGGGCUGAUGAUCGAAGUGGCAGAGUUGUUAUGGACAAUGACGGAAGGGUUGUCAAACUUAUGAUGUUUGGCAGAGAAGGCCGUGAUUGGGAGACAACGAAGGAGCUCUACGGAAAGUAUGAGCGAAUCGAAGACGUGGCCAAAACCCUCCAGGCAUAUGUCAAUGGUUGA